AAGAAAAACUUUCUGUUGAUAAUUUUCAUUAAAUAUCAGUACGCUUCAUAAUUAACUAGAGUGUAGAAAAGUGAAAUUCGAAUUUGUGCCUUAAUGUAUUAAAAAACCAUUACGGAUGUGAUUACAUUUAGUCAUUAAAGUUCAUUUUCAUUCACAGCUGUGAUUGAACGUUUGUUGUGUAAGGCAAAGCACAUUUGUCUUUCUUAUCAAUAGAAUUAUAUACACAUUAGUCCUCCGAAUGCAAAGUCACAAAGAAGUAUGUAAGGCGGAAUUGAGGAUUAAAUAUCUACAUAUAUAUGAAAACCGAAACUGAAAGACUAUCAGUGGAAAUUUUAAGCUCUUCUAAAUAGACAUAAAAUAUAACAGACAAAUGGCAACAACAACGCCCGUUAAGACAACGAACUUAAAAAUCGCAAAAGAGUUAAAUAUCAGUUUCGAGGGACUGAGUUACAGCGCAAAAGUCGGAUUUUUAAAAAGACAUGAUAAGAAAGUACUCAAAAAUCUCAAUGGGGAAUUCCGUUCACGCGAGCUUUCUGUCAUUCUUGGUCCAAGUGGGAGUGGAAAGUCUACAUUGUUGAAUCUUCUGUCUGGAUAUAAAUUGAAAAAUAUUUCGGGAGUCAUCAAGGUCAAUGGAAGUCCACGAAACCAAAAACAUUUUCGCCAUUUAAGCAGCUAUGUAAUGCAAGAUAGUCUUCUUCAUCCACUUCUAACAAUUAGAGAAGCGAUGCGUUUCUCAUCGAAUCUUAAAAUUGGAAAAGAAAUGGACGAUGUUGAAAAGAAAAUACGAAUUAAUGAGAUUUUGGAACUUCUUGGACUGACAGAUAUGAAAGAUGUUUACACAGGAAAACUUAGUGGCGGUCAACAGAAACGCCUCUCAAUUGCUCUCGAACUUGUGGAUAAUCCACUUGUGAUAUUUUUUGACGAGCCAACCACGGGUUUAGACUCGUCUUCAUCAUCGCAAUGUUUACAACUUCUUAAAAAGUUAGCUGAUAGUGGAAGAACAAUCAUAUGUACAAUUCAUCAACCCUCAGCUUUACUCUUUCGAAUGAUUGAUCACAUUUAUGCCAUAGCUGAUGGUCAAUGCAUUUAUCAAGGAUCGUGUAAAAAUUUAGUGCCAUUUCUUAAUGAACUUGAUCUUGUGUGCCCUGAAUCUUUUAAUCCCGCCGAUUAUUUAUUGGAAAUUUCAACUCAUGACUAUGGUUAUCAAAAUGGAAGAUUAAACGAGAAGAUUCAACAUGGAAUGAAUCAACAGUAUAGAAAAAAAUUGUCAAUAAAUGACAAACAAACAGACCAACAACAAGUUUUAUUACUGCCAAAAAUCGAAACAAAUCCGAUAAGUAUUUGCGUGAAGAAAGCAAAGUUUAGCUCAAAAUUACAAAUAUUUGAUCCUAAAAGUUAUUGCAACGACAGCGAUCUUUAUUCGACAUCUUUUCUUCGUCAGUUUCAUUUCCUUCUUAUCAGAAUGUUUCUGUUGAUAUCGAGGAACCCUUCAAUGUCAGUCAUGAGAAUUCUCAUUCAUUUCGUUGUUGCCAUAGGAAUUGGUUUGAUCUACAACAACGUAGGCGAUUCAGCAAAAAAUAUGAUGAAUAAUUUCCGGUAUGUUUUCUACUCGGUGAUGUUUCUUAUGUUCACAGCAUUUUCAAGUCUUCAAACAACAUUUCCAUUAGAACUACCGGUCAUUAAACGUGAACAUUUUAAUCGUUGGUAUUCAGUACGAGCCUAUUACGUCAGUCUGAUGAUUGCCGAUAUACCAAUCCAAGUAUUUUGCACAGUGAUUUACAUUUUGAUCACGUAUUUCAUGACCAACCAACCACUUGAAUUCUUUCGUUUUGCUGGAUUCUUUUCCGUUAAUCUUUUGGUUUGUUUUGUUGCUCAAGGAUUUGGAAUGAUAGUUUCAACGAUUUUUAAUGUUAAAUGGGGAUGCAUUCUUGGAAAUAUGAUCAUAUGCCCAUUCCUUUUGUUCUCAGGAUUUUUCGUUCAACUUAAACACGCACAUCAUUUACUUCAUUGGCUUUUUCAUAUUUCAUUUCUAAAAUAUGCUUUAGAAGGCGGUGUUUACACAAUAUUUGGCUUUAAUCGAGGGAAAAUCGAAUGUGAUGAUGACGAAGAACUUAAUUAUUGUCGUUACUCAUACCCAAACCAGCUUUUACGUGACAUUGGUAUGCAAGACUGUCCCAAAAAUAGUACAACAAACUGUGAUGUUUACAUGUACGAGAAUCAAAAAGCAGAUUUUUCUAAAGUCAUCUGCAUUCUUAUACUGUUUACAGUAGUUUUCCGAUGUAUUGCAUAUUUUAUAAUGCGAUAUCGUCUAAAAAAUUGACAAUUAUAAGAAGCUAGCAUUUUUUUAAAAAUAGUCAACUUAAUUUUUUAAAAGUUAAAAAUCUAAUCAUAGUUAUGUAAGGUUGAAUGUUCAACAUUGAUAAGUAUCUAAACAUACAAAAUGUAUAAAAAUGUAUGUGAACUCUAUUGAAUAAAGUUUUUUAUCUUGUUAGAUAUCAGUUGA